AUGUCGCUGCUCUACUCACGGGAUAAUUCAGUCGGCAAAGGGAACCUUACAAAGAUGUCAUUAUCACCUAUCCUCAGCUAUUUGGUUACCUCCGUUGUUGGAAUAUUUCUCCAAAGAACAGAGCAUCUGGUGGUUAAUAGCGUCUUCGACGCAUCCUACAAGUACCAUGUCACUUUAACCCAAACUGGAACGUACUCCCUUGUCCUCGUCACUUCUAUUACAAAGUGGUUCUGCGUGGAUUUGAGCCUGAGUUGGAAUGUGCUAAUCGUUUUGAUAGUUGCUAAAUAUUUAGGAGCAUUUGACAGAGUAACCUGCGAUGAAGGCCACUAUUUGAAGAAUUGCCCCUCCAUUGGUGCGCGAUGGCGGCCAUUCAUCUACCUCGUUGGUAUCUAA